GACGUAACGCGACGAACCUCCCCCCUUAAACACCUGAUCGACGAUCCACGUCAGUGACCUUGUUCAAUACCGUCCAUCGCGGUAAAGGAUUUCGGGACACGCUUUGCCUCCUCCAUCGUUUUUCGUGUUUUGGAUGUCUUAAGCGGAAAAAGAUGAAUUAUGACCCUUACGAGCAGCCCGUGUGAGCUAGACAACAUGAGCUUGUUUCAAGACCUCAAGUUGAAAAGGAGGAAGGUCGACUCCCGAUGUAGUAGCGACGACUCCCCGGUAUCCCUUGGAUCAGCAGGCUCGCCGCUCGGGAUCCAGCCGGCGGACGCUCCUUCACCCAUAAACUUUCCUGCUCCAGGGGAGAGCAUGGCCGACACCUCGACCCUGUCGCCGGAGGCUAACAUGCCGGGCUCGCCGGGCUGCCCCGUGGUCAAAGUGAAGAGCGAGUACCUGCUUGGCAUACCGAGCCCCGGUACGCCGCGUGAUCCUCUCCGCGGGACGGCGAGCGUCGGCUUGGAACAUCCCCGGGAUACACCCUGCUCGGACCGCGCCUCGCCCGACUCGGUCUUCCCGGACGCCGGUUCCAUAGUCGGCUACGCCAGGGUGGUCGAGGAACAGCAACAGCAACACCACCAUCAACAGCACCAACAACAACAACAACAACGUUCCGCUACGCCGACCGUGCCCACCAGGCUGUCGCCGUAUUCGCCCAUGCAGGCGGUGUCCACGACCCCCAUGGCCCAGGAGCAGCCGAGCUCGAGGAGCGACAGCCCCGAGAAGGCCGACUUGUCCUCGGCCCAGACCAAGGAGGAGUCCGACAACUCCGUUUUCGACGGCGGGGGUGGCGGGGGUGGAGGCCGUUCCGAGACCUCCAGUCAACCUAGUCACCGGAGCAGCCCGUCCUCCCAAUACAGCCCCGGCCAGAGUAUGAGCCCCGGCGCGAGCACGACUCACGUUGCCCAACAGCAACAGCAACAGCAGCAGCAGCAGCAGACGGCGAGCCUGAGACCGCGAGUGCCCUCGGUGCCCCCGCACCUCUUGGCCCACCAUCAAUUCUGGUCGCAGAACAACGGCAUACAGGGGUUCGCCACCCAGAGGCUGUUGAACGGUGUGAUCAGCAGCGCCGUGAAUUACGGCCAGACGGUGGCGGUCGCGUCUACGAGUAGCACGACGAGUUUGAGCAGCGGAGCGGGGAGCACAGGGGGCGGGAACGGGGCAACCUCGACGGGCGCGGCGGUAGCGACAGGCGCAGCCACAGGGGCGGCAGCCGCCUCCUCGUGCGAGACGAUGAAACCGCCGGCGCAGAGGCCAGCGCCGGCACCGCCGAGGCCCCCGCCGACCGUGAUAAUGGGGGAGAUCGGGGGGGUGCGGACGAUGAUCUGGUCAGCGCCGCCCCUGGACCCGGUGCCACCGCCGGCGGCCUCGUGGACGGCGACAGCGGCGGCGGCGGCGGCGGCGGCCGCGGCGUCGUGCUCCUCGUCGGAGGAGUCGGCCGCGCAGCUGUUGCUCAACCUCGGGCAGGAGUCGAGGGGGAAAGGGGGGUCGGCGGCGCCGUACGCGUCCGGGCCCCCGCUCAACAUGGAGAGGCUGUGGGCCGGGGACAUGACGCAGUUGCCGGCCGCGCAGCAGAUGCAGGCGCUCAACCUGACCGCGUCGGGAUCCGGGCAGGCGUGGGAGAGGAACGGGGGGGUGGUGAAGUCCGAGGCGGCGGCGGCGUCGCAGCCGAUGUCGGCCGCGCCGCCAGCGCCGCCGAUGCCGGCGCAGGAGCACGAGGAGGACGAGACGCCUAUGAUAUGCAUGAUCUGCGAGGACAAAGCCACCGGACUCCAUUACGGGAUCAUCACGUGCGAGGGGUGUAAAGGCUUCUUCAAAAGAACUGUACAAAAUAGGCGAGUGUACACAUGCGUGGCGGAAGGUGGUUGCGAAAUCACAAAGGCCCAGAGGAACAGGUGUCAGUACUGUCGUUUCAAAAAGUGCAUUGAACAGGGUAUGGUCCUUCAGGCGGUUCGAGAAGAUCGGAUGCCCGGGGGAAGAAAUUCUGGUGCUGUGUAUAACCUUUACAAGGUGAAGUACAAAAAGCACAAGAAAAGUAACAAAACGAGCGGAGUGGGCGGAGGCAUGGGUGGCAUAAGUAGCGGGGGUAACGUUGGCGGUGUUAACGGGUCGGGGUCCCUUGGUGGUAGCAAAAGCGCCAUGGGCUCGACGAUGCUCGACAAGCACAUGGCCGUGGCCGCGGUCGCUCACCAUAGCCAACAGCAGCACGUCCAGCUGGCUGGCGGUUUCCUUCAUCAUCACAAGAUCUCGUCCGCCGACCCCCUCAACUCCCAAUCUACCACCAGUCACUCGAGCCACCCCGCGCAUUCCGGCCACCUGGUCAACGGGACGAUCCUCAAGACGGCGCUCACCAACCCCUCCGAAGUGGUACACUUGAGGCAGAGGCUAGACAACACGGUAAGCAGUUCGAGGGAUCGAUCUUUCCCUUUCGACGCGACUGUCGCCAUGAUCCAGUCCCUCAUAGACUGCGACGAGUUCCAAGAUAUUGCCACGUUGAGGAACUUGGACGAGCUGCUGGACCAUAAAUCAAACUUAAGCGACAAGCUGUGUCAGAUAGGGGACAGUAUAGUGUACAAGUUGGUGCAGUGGACCAAAAGGUUACCGUUUUACCUUGAGCUACCGGUCGAAGUUCACACGACAUUGCUCACACACAAGUGGCACGAGAUCCUCGUGCUGACCACCUCCGCCUACCAGGCGAUACACGGUCAGCACAAGUUCUCCAACGUCGGCAGCGACGCGAUGGGAGCGGAUUUUAUGCAAGAAGUUUCGAACAACAUGUAUACGUUGCAAACGUGCCUAACGAACAUGAUGGGCCGGCCGAUAACCAUGGACCAAUUGCAGCAAGACGUAGGCCUGAUGGUGGAAAAGAUUACGUAUGUCACGUUAAUGUUCAGGAGGGUGAGAUUACGGAUGGAGGAGUACGUCUGUCUGAAAGUAAUCACCAUGCUCUCGCAAGCACGUGGAGGUACGAUGGAAUUAGAACAUCUACAAGAACGGUACAUGAGCUGUCUACGAAGUUUUGUCGAGCACAGCGCCCCACAACAGCCGAAUCGGUUUCACGAUCUUCUCGUCAGGUUGCCCGAAGUACAAUCGGCGGCAGCUCUUCUACUCGAGAGUAAAAUGUUCUACGUUCCUUUCCUAUUGAACUCAACAAUUCAAAGAUAGUAAAUAAAAAACAAACUGACGAUAAACGAAGCUGAAUACCUAUAUAUACAUACUAUACAUAUAAAUAUAUACAUAUAUAUAUAUAUAUAUAGAUAUAUAUAGAUAUAAAUUUAUAUAUACAUAUAUAUAUAUAUACAUAUAUAUAUAUAUAUAUAAAAAUAGAAUCGAACAAACAAAGAGCAAGAGCAAACAAAGAGAUUGGGAAAGAAGGGGGAAAAGCUUUGUUUGCGUAUGUAUAAUAAUUAUAUAAAAAAAAGGUAUAUAUAUAUAUAAAUAAUAUAAAUAAUAUAAAUGUGUGUGUUCGUUGCGUUGUACAAAAACGAAGAAGGUCGAGAAGGGAACGGGGAACCUGUGAAAAGCGUGAUAAAAAAAAAACAGACGAAACAAACGUUAAAAGAGGAGAGGAAGAAAAAAAAGAGACGAAAGAGAUACGAGAAGAAGAAACGAGAAACGAGAAGGAAACGUGAGCGAAAUUUGGGCGAAAAAGAAAGAAAAAAAAAGAAAGAAAGGAAACCGCGAAGGAAAAAAAAAAGGGGAGAGAAUGCUUUAAAUAAGAAGAAAUAAGAAAAAAAGAAAAAAAAGAAGAAAAAAAAAAGGAAAAAAAAAAGAAAAAAGAAGAAAAUUAACGAAAGAAAAUAAUAAAAAAUUCGAGAGAGAGCGAGAGAGCGGGAGAGAAAGAGAGGGAGAGUUAGAGAUAGAGAGAAAGCGCGCCACCUCGAGAUGGGAAAUCAAUCCGAGGAGGGGAACUGAACUUUUUUAUCGAAACUAAAAGACUAUAAUAAUAUAUUUCUGUACGCAGUACCGCGCAACUACGUCAUUGUGUGUUCACGUUGCAUAAUCCGAUCGAUAAUAAGACUCUCGUUACGUACGCUCACUGUAGGCCACCUACUACCACCUACUACU